AUGCUGCUGAAGCUUAAGGAGGUUAUCCAGUGGACCCGGAUGACAGCAUUUGAACUAUUUUUGCAGCUUUUGUCCAUUCUAGUAUUUUCUGUUCUGGUUGCCACAAAAAUUGAAGGACAUCUCACUGCACCGUGGCCCACCAUCUUCACACCUCUGUUCAUAUGUGAUGGUCUCAAUGCCUACCUGUGCCUUAUUGUGUUUGUUCGACAGUAUAGAGAAUAUGACUUAAAACAGGCCAGUCUGCGUGUCGCAAGCUCAUUGGUUGUCAUUGCCAUGAUCUUCACCUUCAAGCUGCUGCUUUGCCAGAAACUAGUGACAGGAAGCCUCAACUGUUCAGAAGUGUUUGCCCCACUCUUUGUUCUGUCUCAGAUCCUUAUGAUUAGAGCUUGUCGCAUGCACUGA